GAUGUUGACAAUGAAGAAGCGGUUCGUUGGAUAUAAAUGGAAUCUCCUGAGGAAAUCUGUCUACAGUGGGUAGUAUCCAAUAAUUUCUUUGCAUUGGAUUGAAGGUUGGAUUCGACAAGCUUACUUGUGAGAAAGAUAAUUCAGAUGGUUUCUACAAGCUCUGGAAAGUGGAUGUCGCCAGACGUCGAAGUUUACAACUUGGAAAGCUGAAGCACAAAGCACUGUAAGUAAUCGCAUGACAACAUCCUGACUAGAGGAUGUGAAGUCAGUUAAGCAGCUGACACAAUCCCGAGUUGUUGAUGGAAACGAUUUGCACAGAAGAACGGCCGAUUUGUCUGGAAAGGAGAAAGCCGAGCACGGUAUUAAUGUCUUCCUCUUUUCUGAACUUUCGUAACUGUAUCUUGCUCGGUUUUGGAAGGUGUAUAACUGCCGGAUGCUAUACACAUCAAGCUCGUAACUUCCUGCCUGCAAGCUCGAGAGUAGCCCACAAAUCUCAUCCAAGAACUUUCCCCCUCGAGGACGACAACUAUUUUCUUCAUUGUAACCAUCCCUUGAAUCUAAAUCGUUCAGUGUAACGCGUACAUGGCGACAAUACUCUACGGCUCCGUUCAGAAGACCAUGACAGAAUUGUGCCUUUGUACCCCACCGUUCACUAACCGUUACCCGAAUUUAAAUAAUCAAAAUUGCAGUCGACUGAUUAAGUACUAGAGGAAAACUGGAGUCGACUGAUUAAGCACGAGAGUAAAAUUUGACAUACUUCACAGCGACCCGAGAGCGCCGGCAUGGUUCAAUCUCAUACUCUAUUUCGAGUGUUUGUAAAACCACUGCUGAAAAAUGUGGUGCGUGGGCCGACGCGCUGCCAUUACUUCAACUCUCCGAGCGAAGUGGGGGGCAGGAGGGAACUCGGAGUAAUAGAAGAACGACGCAUUUGGCAUGACAGCUCGCUGGACAGAGCAGCGAGCAGAAGUGUAACUUUAUGAACGGUUUCGUACUCGGACUACGCUCAUGGAUAUGACACUAAGAGCUCCGAAGUUGCUGAUUGCCGAGUUGCAGGGCGCCGUGCACCAUGGCGAUUUCGCGAUGCUCGGGCAGAUGAAGUUUCAGCGCGUUUGGCUGCAGGGAGUGGUCGUGUCGCCGCUGGAGCAUGGCACCAUGGUGCUGGACGACGGCAGCGGCGUGGUAGACCUGUUCCUGAAAAAACACCACCAGGCUUUGUCUUGGCAUCCUGGAAUGUACAUUCUCGUCACCGGUAGGUUCUGUGAAGACAGUGUUCCGUUCAUUGAGGUGCACAAGAUUGUAGACUUGUCUGCGUCACCUGAUCGAGAGGCGCUGUGGCACUUGGAGCUAGCUGAAAGUCAUCAGAAAUUCUACGACAGUCUUCUUCCGAAACCUCAUCUCGGAGUAAAGAGGCAACGCAUGUUACCAAAUUAGGGUAGAGCGCCUGAAGUGGCCUUUGGCAACUGCCUUGUGAUUUAUGUGCAGAAUGUGAGUAACAAAUGUGCUAACGAGUGUAUGAUAAUAAAGACUCUUGGGCCCCGUAGACAUUUUUGACCGAGUAAAAUCAUGGC